ACUGACACCUGUGCAACCGCCAAUUGCCGCGAUUUUGUUUCCUUUCACCUCGUGUUGAACAACAAACGUACACGGGGACGCGGCCAUGAUCACAUAGUCCAGGAGCAGCGCGUCAGCACUUUCGUUCGUUAUUUUUCCAGUCGCCGCUUUGCGCUCGUUUUGCCGAAUCCCUCAGCGAGCCCCCGGGCCACUUUUCCCUCCUCGAAGCGCCUUCGCGCGCAAUGCCGCACUCUACGUCGCACUCGACCGGUUCCCAUAUGCGGGCUGCGUCCCAGUCUCGCUCGUCCACAAACAAGUCUUUUGGGGACUCACACGGCGGGUCGGGGCAGGGAGAAACGGAAAAGUUCCCCGAUUUCGAUGCCGGGCAGACUCUGCCGGGUGUGCAGCCGCCGGGCCAGCGAUGGCAGCAAAACAAUUUGAUGCCCGGUAACGGUGACGCUUCUCAUGCGGGUCGCUGGCACGCCCGUAGAGACAGUAGGGUGAGGUGGGCUCCUCGGGCUGCCCUCUCGGGUUCGUCGGGCCAUUCCAAGAAGGCCAGCAUUAGCAAUGCCGUCCAUCGAAUGCGCUCCGCUAGCAUGAGCCAAAACGCCCAGGAAAUCGCAGGGGCGCUUCGUGCGCCCGUUUCUUGGAAGUUAAUCGGCCUCUGCGUCAUGUGGUACUGGUCGUCCGCCCUCACCAACACAUCCUCGAAAGCCAUCCUCACGGCCUUCGAUAAACCUGCGACCUUGACCCUCGUUCAGUUCGGCUUCGUAUCCUCCUACUGCCUGCUAUUCUCGUGGCUAGCAUCCACCUUUCCCCGACUCAGGGCCGCAGUCCCGGCGCUAAAGCAUCCGAUCCGGGCUCCUUCACGAGAUGUGAUCAGAACAACACUACCGCUCGCCGCCUUCCAAAUAGGAGGCCACCUUCUUAGUUCGAAUGCCACAUCCAAAAUCCCCGUGUCUCUCGUCCACACCAUCAAGGGGCUCUCCCCACUCUUCACCGUCCUAGCCUACCGCUUUAUCUUCGACAUCCGCUAUCCCAGGGCGACAUACUUCUCCCUCAUCCCGCUCACUUUUGGUGUCAUGCUCGCCUGCUCGGGCAAGCACGGAUUUGGUGGUCAGUUCCUCGGCAUCCUGUACGCCCUGCUCGCCGCUAUCAUCUUCGUCACCCAAAAUAUCUUCUCCAAGCGGCUCUUCAAUGAAGCGGCACGCGCCGAACAGGAAGGGAGCCACCAAUCCCGCAAGCUCGACAAGCUCAACCUGCUCUGCUAUUCGUCUGGCAUGGCAUUCCUCUUGACGGGCCCUAUCUGGCUAUGGUCUGAGGGAAUCGACAUCAUCGGCGAUUUCCUUUGGGACGGCAGCGUGGACCUGAUCCAGAGCCCCAACUCGCUCGACCACGGCCCGCUGGUGCUGGAGUACAUCUUCAACGGGACCUUCCACUUCGGCCAGAACAUCCUCGCCUUCGUGCUGCUGUCCAUGGUCUCGCCCGUCACGUACUCGGUCGCGUCGCUGAUCAAGCGCGUCUUCGUCAUCAUCAUCGCCAUCCUCUGGUUCCGCAGCCCGACCACCCGCGUCCAGGCCGUCGGCAUCGCCCUGACCUUCCUGGGGCUGUACCUGUACGACCGCAGCAGCGACAAGAACAAGGCCGACCAGCGCGCCCGCUCCAUGACGGAGACCCGCAGGGAGGCCAUGCUGCUACCGCUGAGCACCAAGCACACGCUCCCGGCCGGGCCGGGCGCCCAGGUUGGGCCGGCGCUAUUUGAGAGCCCUGUCGGGGUGGGCGAGCCCGUGGCCGGGCAUGCGUACACGCAGGGCAGUGCGGCGGCGGCGGCUUUUGCGUCGAGCGGCGUCGUGGCCGAUACCAAGAAGUCGGACGAUGCCGGCGGGCGCGGUGGCGGGAGGAAUAGGGGGAUGAGCAAUGCCGCCUGGCGGCCGCCGGGGACGAGGCAGGAAGAUACCUGGCGGACGGGCGACAGCCCAAAGGUGGCUGCGCGGUGAGGACGCGAGGUGAGAGGGAUGGAUAUCUACUAUUACAUAUGAGAGCGAGCGCUCGGGUUCAUGCUUGGGAUGAUUAAAUUGGGUUUGGAUUCAAGAGGCGGGUAUGACGGUAUGGGCUUGACGUUCAUUAGUUUGCGUGCCUCGUGUAUGCUACAUGUCUAGAUCUUCGGUUUGCAUCCACUGAGGGCUAGAGGGCGUUUUGUACGGUUAUUUUGAAUGGGCGCCGGUGCUCGCUGUAUGACUAUUUUGCAUGAAUAGAGCUUGUAUCUCAC